CCCACCUGCGAGGCCUGAACCUAACCCAACACUUGGAGGAUACCCAGUUUGAAGCCCUGAUCUCGAGCUUGGCGGUGCCAGCAGAUGUGUUCACAUUUUUCUUGUCAGUAGAGGGCCCGGGUUUUAAAGGACGAGAGGAGAUCAGUCUGCUUGCUGAUAAGAAUUAUCAGGAGCGAAGGUGGAGGUCUGCGGUAGCAUAUCUUGCUCAGAUGCCCGAGAAGGUUUCCAAGCUCGAUUGGCAAGGACAGGAUGAUACUAUGGUAUACGAAGUGAAUUUUGAGCUGAUUGGGCAUGACGAAGACUCGGGGAAAACUUGCGGCGAAGAGUUCGAAUUCACGAUUUGA